AGAAACGCUAGUUUUUGUUGCAAAACAUAACUUUUGCAACUGUUUGGAGCAAUGAUUACACCCCAGGUCACAGCAAACAAACAUGGCGGCUUCCAUGGAGCUGAGAUGCUGGGGAGGUGAUUGGGGUUUGCCUUCAGUACACACAGAUUCCCUCAUAGUGCUGGCUUAUGCCAAUUUCUCUGGAGCCAAACUCACUGUUACACCCAUAGACUGGACGUGGAGGACAUUGACAGGCGCAGUGCCAGAGUUGGUCUGCCAGGGAUCCACAGUAACCGAACCUGCUCAGAUUCUCAACUUCCUGAGAAAACAAAGGUUUAAUGCAGACUAUGAGUUGUCGGCGAGGCAGGGAGCAGACACCAUGGCUUACAUUGCUCUGCUGGAGGAGAAACUACGACCAGCUCUGUUACACACGUUCUGGGUGGAUGCUGAGAACUAUGCUAACCUGACUCGGCCGUGGUUCGCCUCCCACUCUCCCUUCCCCCUCAACUUCCUGGUCCCUGGUCGCCAUGCCAACACGGCCCUGUCCCGGAUCCUGCUGACCAAGGGAGAGUCCCCUCUACACACCAUCACUGAGGUGGAGGGAAAGAUUUACAGUGAAGCGAAGGAGUGUCUGAAUCUUCUCUCCCACAGAUUGGGGACGGCCUACUACUUCUUUGGGAACACGCCGUCCAGCCUGGAUGCGUUUGUGUUUGGCUCUGUAGCUCCCCUCCACAAGGCCAGUCUACCCAGCAGCCCUCUGCAGAGCCACCUCAGACAGCUGGACAACCUCCAACGCUUCUGUGACCACAUACUCAACGCUCACUUCAGCAGUCAUCCCGGGUCUCCCCAGUCUGUUCAUGAGACAGUGGAUGCCAACCUUCAGAAACUCACUCAGCUUGUUAAUAAAGAGUCCAACCUCAUAGAGAAGAUGGAUCACAACCUGAGAAGCAGCCCUCAGCACAAACCCCUCAGAGCAGACCCCAGAUCCAGACCCAGCUUGGGCAACGACAAGAGCUCUACCCCUGCCUAACCCUUAGCCCCUGACCUCUAGACCCUGACCAGCCUGGUGGAUGAGAAGAGCUCUACCCCCCCUGACCAGCCUGGUGGAUGAGAAGAGCUCUACCCCCCCUGACCAGCCUGGUGGAUGAGAAGAGCUCUACCCCCCCUGACCAGCCUGGUGGAUGAGAAGAGCUCUACCCCUGUGUUGGAGGUGUGCUGUAUUAUACUGAACCUGGUUCAGAUACUGUAAAUACCCUAGCCUGAGUGCCAGUCUGUUUGUACUAGCAUGCCAACUCUUUGUCACUCAUUGACAAGGACAGCAGUGGAGUUGGCAAGAGCACAAACAGAUCUGGGAUCAGGCUACAAAUACCCUGGGUUAUCCCUUAUAUGAUAAAUAGAGCAUUUGAUAGUUUUAGACAGUUUAUGCCUUGCAAGUGUAAUUGAAACUGCCCUAAAUGGAAACUGUCAAUGAAUAAUAACAAUGACAGAAUUGUGGACUAUUUAGAGACCAUGAUGGUGUAUGUUAAAUAAAUAUGGUUUCAUGAAAUGAGGAAGAAUGUGGAAGGUUGAGAAAAGUGUUAGUUGUUUAGAGAGGAAUGCUGAGGACUGCUACUACAUGAGAAGCCUUUAGAACAUUGAAAGGCAAGAGGCAGGAAAUUAGAAGGCCAGUUGGAGAAAAAAGCUCUGAGAGAUAGUGGCAUUAAAAUAACUUUCUAGUGAUCGUAUGAGAGGGAAAAACUGUAAUUUUAUUAAACCCUUUUCUGUGUCACAUAUUCUAAAGGAUUGAAAUGACUGAGGCCCCUAUUCAUUCAAACCUGCAUUGUAGUAUGUAUUUACGCAGGAACAUGUUACAUGUUUUCUUUCCUGUAGUCAGGUAAUACAAAUGCAUAGCUCCCCCACAGGCACAGGUACUGUAGAUGCUCUCAGGAUUCAGAAAAAAGUUGUGUGUUCAUGGACUGUAGUCGUGUAAACAAAGUUACUGCAUAAGCACUGCUAUGGCAGGUUUGAUUGAAUUUAUUAGUUAAGGGCUAAAUCUAUGCCAAGUAUAUCAGGGAAUUAUUCUAUAUUUCUGUGGUAUAAUGUAAAUGAAAAUGCUUGGGACACUUAUAUUUAUGUUUGUAAUGAACAGUACAGGUGGAAUUGAUGCAUCAUUUUGAGAGAUUCUGGUCUAAAUGAGGUCAUUACUGACAGGCAGGCACUGACACUGGUCUACUUGAGUUUUGAAAUGUUAUGUAGCUAGAAGCUACUGUAGUUGUUGCACAAUCCUAAAUUAUCAGAAUAAUGCUGUCCUCAAAGUGAAGGUCAUUCCUCACCUGAGGACUGAUUCAACCCUUUAUCCACUGUGACUAGAGGUACGCCCCAAAUUGCACCCUAUUCCCUAUAAAGUGCACUACUUUUGACCAGAGUGCUAUGGGCCCUGAUCAAAAGUAGUGCACUAUAAAGGGAAUACAGUACCAUUUAGGACGCAUACUAGCUAUCUGUGGUGUUUCCAUCCAGACCUGCUGUAUUUAUGUGCAUAAUCAGUUAGUAUUACUGUAUGAUGGUAUGUACUGUACUAUAGCUCUUUAGUUUCAGUGAUAGAUGCCAGUGUUUUUAGGUCAAAUUUAUGUUCAUAUUGAAUGGGGGAGUGUUUAAUAUAACGCAAAUGAUUUGUUAGGAUUACGUUUAUUUUACUGAGGGAGAUGUCAAAGCCUGAAGUUUUCCCUUUAACAAAUAGAUCAUCUUUACAACUGUUGUGUUAAAUUAGCACUGUAAAUAGAGUUAUUAGUAUACACUCAGUUUAUUAGGUACACCAAUCUAGUACUGGGUCGGACCCCCCUUUGCCUCCAGAACAGCCUGAAUUCUUUGGGGCAUUCUACAAGGUGUCGGAAACGUUCCACAGGGAUGUUGGUCCAUCCUGACUCGAUGGCUUCAUGCAGAUGCUGCAGAUUGGACGGUAGUACAUUCAUGUCAACAGCUCGUUCCAUCUCAUCCCGAAGAUGCUCUAUUGGGUUGAGGUCUGGGGACUGCGCAGGCGACUCAAGUAAACUGACCUCGCUGUCAUGUUCCAAGCAAUGUUUUUCCACUCCUUAAUUGUCCAGUGUUUGUGAUUGCGUGCCCACUGGAGCAGGUCCUUCUUGUUUUUAGCUGAUAGGAGUGGAACCCGGUAUGGUCGUCUGCUGCAAUAGCCCAUCCACGUCAAGGAUUGACGAGUUAUGCGUUCCGAGAUGCCAUUCUGAACACCACUGUUGUACUGCACCCUUGUUUGUCUGUUUGUGGGCCGCCUGUUAGCU